AUGCAUUUGCCAGUGCAGUUGUUCUGCGAUGGCCUCACGGUGGAGAUGGAUGAAGGAGGCCCCAGCCUUUGCAUGUCCACCACGAUGAAAAUCUCGGUGCCCGAGCUUUUGAACGUCCUGACCACUUGGGGCUCCGCCCAUCGCGACCACCUCACGCCCGAUGCGCGGGACCGCGUGGGUGGGGUCGGACCGCGCGGUCCCACGCCGGUCCCGGAGGCAGCCGAGCCACGGCCGUCAGUCUUCCAGAAGAAGUGGACCGAGUUCCCUCCAUCUGCGUUUAAGAACAGCGCCAGCUAUAACGAUUAUGUGGCGCAACAUUGUUGGACGCGUGAGAAUGCUGGAAGCAAUGCGAUCGUGCUGAAUGACGAUAAGACCUUGAAGGAGUUUCAGGAUGCCAAGUUUGAGCCCGUCCCGCGUCCCCAGCGCGUAGAGUACACCUUCGACAGGUGGAAAGAAAGAAUGGCCGCAGAGAAAGCCAAGAAGGAAGAGUCUCAGGGUGGAUCGCUCACCGUGAAGCCUCCGCCGAACUAUCCGGCGCCCAAGGCGCCUCCUAAAGCACCUCCCGUGAAGGCGGUGCCUGUGGGCGCCAAUCCGGACAGCUUCAAUCCCACGGCACCACCACCGGGGCUCGAAGGGAAGGCAGUGCCUCAGAAAGCGCCACCCUCGAUGCAAUGA